UGGGUUCUUCUCUCCUGCCCGGGCUGCGAGACCCACUUCCUCUUCCGCGCUCUCAGGCGGCGGAGCCGGAGGGUCCCGGUGGGGCCCCGCAAGUUCCGGCUCCCCGCGAGCCCGGGUCUCGGCGAAUCCGGGCUUCCGCGAGUCUGGGUCCUCGAGAGUCCCGGGGUCCGGCGCUCGGGGGGCGGCGACCGGCUGCUCCAGCGGCGCCCGGCGCGCACCGGCCGGACCCGCGCGGGGAGCAGGAGGGGGCUUCCUGCGGGAAGAUGAGGAAGCCCGAUGGGAAGAUCGUGCUUCUGGGGGACAUGAACGUGGGCAAGACGUCGCUGCUGCAUAGGUACAUGGAGCGGCGCUUCCCGGACACGGUCAGCACGGUGGGCGGUGCUUUCUACCUAAAGCAGUGGCGCUCCUACAACAUCUCCAUCUGGGACACCGCAGGGCGGGAACAGUUCCAUGGCCUGGGCUCCCUGUACUGCCGGGGCGCGGCCGCCAUCAUCCUCACCUACGACGUGAGCCACCCACAGAGCCUGCUGGAGCUGGAGGACAGGUUCCUGGGCCUCACGGACACAGCCAGCACAGACUGCCUCUUUGCCAUCGUGGGCAACAAGGUGGACCUCGUCGAGGAGGGGGCCACAGAGGGCCGGGAGGAGGACGGGCCCGGCCCCGGGACUGCCGGCAGCGGCGGAUCACCUAAAGUGCCCAAGCUGGUGCAGCCGGAGGACGCGGUGGCCCUUUACAGAAAGAUCCUCAAGUACAAGAUGCUGGACGAGAAGGCCGUGCCGGCUGCAGAGCAGAUGUGCUUCGAGACCAGCGCGAAGACUGGCUACAACGUAGACCUGCUGUUCGAGACCUUGUUCGACAUGGUGGUGCCCAUGAUCGUGCGGCAGAGAGCCCAGGGGCCGCCGCAGACCGUGGACAUCAGCAGCCACAAGACGCCCAGACGGACCAGGUCUGGGUGCUGUGCCUGACUCAGCGGGGCCCCAAGCCCAGGUGU